AUGGCAGCUAUGACAAAAGAAAAAGUAACAUUGUCUCCCUACGCCUCACCAACCUCUUCUCCCAGACUGCAGGCUAUCAACCCUCGACUCAUCCGCAGACAGGGAAUUCUAGCACAGCUCUGUAUCAGAUGUGGAGGCUACAGUGGUUCUGACAAUGAGUACUGUAUGAAGUGCCGAAGCAGCCAAUGGAAGACAAACCCACUCAUGAGGAACUAUGAUGAUGUAUACCGUGUGUACAUCGAGGAAAACCGAGAAAAGAUGAGAAAUAUUAAGGUUCUUAGUGAACCAGAAGGUUGGCUGGAAAUCAACAAACAGAGAACCAAAGAAGAGCGAAAAGAGAAGAAGAAGCGUUAUCAGGAACGACUUAAUAUACAACAUACAGGAACUUACUGUGUGGAGUGUAGGCGUUCCGAGAAACAGACCAAUGGAAACCUCUGUCUCAUAUGUGACGCUAAGAGAAGGAGACGGGAGAGAGAUAAACGAGAAAAGUCGGAUAAGAUGUUCCUGUUUGAGGAUAUAACUCCGAGAAGGAAAAAGAAACGCCAGAUUGAUGCUUUAGAUAUUGUGCCAGAAAAUCCUACAGCUAAUGUAGAACCAGUAAAAGGCGAGGAGGAGGAGGAUGAGGCUCCAGUUAGUUAGACAAUACAGGCCUAUAUAACGUCUGGGUAAUACAAAAUUAUACAGACAGAGACAGCGGUUAUACCGGAG